GCUUUGGUGGGUGCGAGGGGUAGGCAGGGUUGGAAAUGCACAUUCCCUGCCAGACAAGCGCCAGAGUGCCCUCAGCCUCCCAUUUUCACUGUCGGGAGGCCUGUCAGAAGUUGAAGGUUGAGGCAUGAAUUUCUGCCCUUCUGUCUGGGAAGUGACAAGAGGAACCAGGAACCUCAGUCAGGGCAAACACUGCAAGGAAAUGUGACCCCAGGCCUCAGAAGGAAAAUCGUUGAAUGGCUGACAUUUGACAACAUGCACCACCAGUGGCUUCUGUUGGCCGCAUGCUUUUGGGUGAUUUUCAUGUUCAUGGUGGCUAGCAAGUUCAUCACGUUGACCUUUAAAGACCCAGAUGUGUACAAUGCCAAACAGGAGUUUCUGUUCCUGACAACUAUGCCGGAAGUGGGGAAGUUGGCAGAAGAGAAGCCCUUUCCUGAGGAACUGAAGCCGACUGGGAAGGUGCUUCCUGACAGCCGGCUUGUUCAACCCCUGGUCUACAUGGAGCGCCUGGAACUCAUCAGAAAUGUCUGCAGGGACGAAGCCCUGAAGAAUCUCUCGCAUACUGCUGUCUCCAAAUUUGUCCUGGACCGAAUAUUUGUCUGUGACAAGCACAAGAUUCUUUUCUGCCAGACUCCCAAAGUGGGCAACACCCAAUGGAAGAAAGUGCUGAUCGUUCUAAAUGGAGCUUUUCCUUCCAUUGAAGAGAUCCCCGAAAAUGUGGUUCAUGACCAUGAGAAGAAUGGCCUCCCUCGCCUCUCUUCCUUCAGCAGUGCAGAAAUUCAGAAGCGCUUGAAAACAUACUUCAAGUUUUUUAUCGUAAGAGAUCCCUUUGAAAGACUUAUUUCUGCAUUUAAGGAUAAGUUCGUUCACAAUCCUCGGUUUGAACCUUGGUAUAGACAUGAGAUUGCCCCUGGCAUCAUCAGAAAAUAUAGAAGGAACCGGACAGAGACCCGGGGGAUCCAGUUUGAAGAUUUUGUGCGCUACCUGGGUGAUCCAAACCACAGAUGGCUAGACCUUCAGUUUGGGGACCACAUCAUUCACUGGGUGACAUACGUAGAACUCUGUGCACCCUGCGAGAUAAAGUACAGUGUGAUUGGACACCACGAGACCCUGGAGGACGAUGCCCCAUACAUCUUAAAGGAAGCCGGCAUAGACCACCUGGUAUCCUACCCAACCAUCCCUCCGGGCAUUACCGUGUAUAAUAGAACCAAGGUGGAGCACUAUUUUCUGGGCAUCAGCAAACGAGACAUCAGACGGCUGUAUGCGCGUUUUGAAGGAGACUUUAAGCUCUUUGGGUAUCAGAAACCAGAUUUUUUGCUAAACUAA